AUGCCAUCUUCAUGCUUCUUCAAACUCUGGGCCAAGCAGGCAGGAGAUGUGUCCCCCGGUGCCGUGUCCCCCGGUGCCGUGUCCCCCGGUGCCGUGUCCCCCGGUGCCGUGUCCCCCGGUGCCGUGUCCCCCGGUGCCGUGUCCCCCGGUGCCGUGUCCCCCGGUGCCGCGUCCCCCGGUGCCGCGUCCCCCGGUGCCGCGUCCCCCGGUGCCGCGUCCCCCGGUGCCGCGUCCCCCGGUGCCGCGUCCCCCGGUGCCGCGUCCCCCGGUGCCGCGUCCCCCAGUGCCGAGUCCCAGUGCCGCGUCCCCCAGUGCCGCGUCCCCCAGUGCCGUGUCCCCCAGUGCCGCGUCCCCCAGUGCCGCGUCCCCCAGUGCCGCGUCCCCCAGUGCCGCGUCCCCCAGUGCCGCGUCCCCCAGUGCCGCGUCCCCCAGUGCCGCGUCCCCCAGUGCCGUGUCCCCCAGUGCCGUGUCCCCCAGUGCCGCGUCCCCCAGUGCCGCGUCCCCCAGUGCCGUGUCCCCCAGUGCCGUGUCCCCCAGUGCCGUGUCCCCCCGUGCCGCGUCCCCCAGUGCCGCGUCCCCCAGUGCCGCGUCCCCCAGUGCCGCGUCCCCCAGUGCCGUGUCCCCCAGUGCCGUGUCCCCCAGUGCCGUGACCCCCAGUGCCGUGUCCCAGUGCCGCGUCCCCCAGUGCCGUGUCGCAAUGCCGUGUCCCCCAGUGCCGUGUCCCCCAGUGCCGCGUCCCCCAGUGCCGCGUCCCCCAGUGCCGUGUCCCCCAGUGCCGCGUCCCCCAGUGCCGUGUCGCAGUGCCGUGUCCCCCAGUGCCGUGUCGCAGUGUCGUGUCCCCCAGUGCCGUGUCGUAGUGCCGUGUCCCCCAGUGCCGUGUCCCCCAGUGCCGUGACCCCCAGUGCCGUGUCCCCCAUGCCGUGUCCCAGUGCCGUGUCCCCCAGUGCCGUGUCCCCCAGUGCCGUGUCCCCCAGUGCCGCGUCCCCCAGUGCCGCGUCCCCCAGUGCCGUGUCCCAGUGCCGCGUCCCCCAGUGCCGUGUCCCCCAGUGCCGUGUCCCCCAGUGCCGUGUCCCCCAGUGCCGUGUCCCCCAGUGCCGUGUCCCCCAGUGCCGUGUCCCCCAGUGCCGUGUCCCCCAGUACCGUGUCCCCCAGUGCCGUGUCCCCCAGUGCCGCGUCCCCCAGUGCCGUGUCCCCCAGUGCCGUGUCCCAGUGCCGCGUCCCCCAGUGCCGUGUCGCAGUGCCGUGUCCCCCAGUGCCGUGUCCCCCAGUGCCGCGUCCCCCAGUGCCGCGUCCCCCAGUGCCGUGUCCCCCAGUGCCGUGUCCCCCAGUGCCGCGUCCCCCAGUGCCGUGUCGCAGUGCCGUGUCCCCCAGUGCCGUGUCGCAGUGCCGUGUCCCCCAGUGCCGUGUCCCAGUGCCGUGUCCCCCAGUGCCGUGUCCCCCAGUGCCGUGACCCCCAGUGCCGUGUCCCCCAGUGCCGUGUCCCCCAGUGCCGUGUCCCCCAGUGCCGUGUCCCCCAGUGCCGUGACCCCCAGUGCCGUGUCCCCCAGUGCCGUGUCCCCCAGUGCCGUGUCCCCCAGUGCCGUGUCCCCCAGUGCCGUGUCCCCCAGUGCCGUGUCCCCCAGUGCCGUGCCCCCCAGUGCCGUGUCCCCCAGUGCCGUGUCCUCCAGUGCCGCGUCCCCCAGUGCCGUGUCCCCCAGUGCUGUGUCCCCCAUUGCCGUGUCCCAGUGCCGUGUCCCCCAGUGCCGUGUCCCAGUGCCAUGUCCCCCAGUGCCGUGUCCCAGUGCCGUGUCCCCCAGUGCCGUGUCCCAGUGCCGUGUCCCAGUGCCGUGUCCCCCAGUGCCGUGUCCCCCAGUGCCGUGUCCCAGUGCCGUGUCCCCCAGUGCCGUGUCCCCCAGUGCCGUGUCCCAGUGCCUCGUUAGAUUGUCAAGAGUGUAA